CUCAGCACCAACAACACCAACACCACUACCAGCAGCAGCAGCAAGCAAGCAAGCCACCAGCAGCUGUCAUGUGAAUCAGCUGGACGAACAAGGAAGGGGAUAAACAACAACACGAACCCGUCUGUCUGGAUCAAGGUUAUAUCCGGUGAGGCGGCAGGAUGGCGGGAGCAGAGGUGUUCACCCCUGCGAACCCCACCUGCAAGAUAAUGACCUUCAGGCCCACCAUGGAAGAGUUCAAGGACUUCAACCAGUACCUGGUUUAUAUGGAGUCUCAGGGCGCUCACCGUGCGGGCCUGGCUAAGGUGAUUCCCCCUAAAGGCUGGAAGCCUCGUCGUACCUAUGACGACAUAGACGAUCUGAUGAUCGACGCUCCCAUCCAGCAGAUGGUGGCCGGCCAGUCGGGGCUCUUCACCCAGUACAACAUCCAGAAGAAGCCUCUAAGUGUGCAGGAGUUCAGGCGGUUAGCCAACAGCGACAUGUACUGUACACCUCGCUACCUGAAUUAUGAAGAUCUUGAGAGGAAAUAUUGGAAGAACCUCACCUUCGUCUCGCCCAUAUACGGUGCAGAUGUGAGCGGCAGCCUGUACGAUGAGGACGUGGAGGAGUGGAACAUCGGCCACCUGAACUCCGUCUUGGACGUUAUCGAGGAGGACUGCGGCGUGUCCAUCCAGGGGGUGAACACUCCGUAUCUAUACUUUGGCAUGUGGAAGACCACCUUCUCCUGGCACACUGAAGAUAUGGACCUGUACUCCAUCAACUACCUCCACUUUGGAGAGCCCAAGUCCUGGUACGCUAUCCCCCCCGAGCACGGAAAGAGACUGGAGCGUCUGGCUACAGGUUUCUUUCCCAACAGCUUCAAGGGGUGUGAGGCUUUUCUUCGUCACAAGAUGACUCUAAUCUCCCCUUCCAUACUGAAGAAGUAUGGCAUUCCCUUUGAUAAGAUUACUCAGGAAGCUGGAGAGUUCAUGAUCACCUUCCCUUAUGGCUACCACGCAGGCUUCAAUCACGGCUUCAACUGUGCAGAGUCCACUAACUUUGCCACCCUGCGCUGGAUAGAUUACGGCAAAGUGGCCACACAGUGCACAUGUAGCAGGGACAUGGUGAAGAUAUCCAUGGAGCCCUUUGUUAAGCGUUUUCAACCUGACCGCUACCAGAACUGGAUGCUGGGCAAAGAUUCUGUACCUAUUGACCACACACAUGCCACUCCCAGUACAACACCGGAGCUGCAGAGCUGGUUGCAAAGGCGGCGCAAGAGCAGACCCGCUAAUAAAGGCAGCAGCCACUCUCGAAUGCGCUCCAAGCGCCUCCGGACCUCCGAGGAGCCCGUCGGCCUAGAUGGGGGCUCAGCGUUGAGCGGCGGUAAGAGGAAAGGCGCCGGUGGUCCGUCAGGACCGAAGGUACGAAAGUCUGCGGCAGGGACAGACAGCAGGGAAGAGGAGAAGGAAAAGAAAAAGGAAGCUGACUCAAAGCACAACCCAAAUCUGAACUCUAUUCAACUUCCAGGUCCUUGCAGACAGAUGUGUGUGGUCAAGGUAAACCGUGUGGAGAGUAAUAGUUUAGGAUUAUCUCAUAAGCAGGCCUCCGAUAACUCUCACAGCAACUCUGCUUCACCGCUGAAGAAAGACCUCAAGGCAGAGUCGGAUGCUCACAUUGACCCCCAACACCUCUCUGGGUCGGGGGUCGCGAGCAGGACUGCUGAAGGACUCAGACAACGGCCUGAGGCUACCCAGAUGCAUCCUGGAAAUAAUGAGUCAAGGUGUUGCCCCGCUGAACCACAAGACCUCUCAACUUCUCAGGACUGCUCCAUCAGGGUUCCACCCCUGGAGGACAACAAACGCCGAUCAUCUUCCCACACAAGCACUUCUGCCGAGAGUGAUGUGAACUCUAAAGCUCAGACAUCUAGCUCCUCGUGUAGAGAAGACACUUUAAGCCUAACACCAAACACUGACAGCAGCAUGGACACGGGUGGGGAGAAUUACACAAACAACACUAAAGCAGAGAAAAUGGACACGGUCGUUGAUCCGAAACCUAGCAACCCAGACUCCACUACAGAAGCACUUUAUAAUCUCAAAACUGAGCCAGUAGAGGGGGGUAGUCGCACAUCGUGUGGCUCCGUUUCCCCUUCAGGACACAAACGCAGUUCAGAAAAAAGCAGCACUGAGGAAAAUCUUUUCCCUCCUCUGCUACAGAGGAAUGCAGUGGAUAUGCCACAACUCACUCCAGAGCCAGCAGAUAAGGUAGGAAUCUGCCCUUUGCCACCCGUGCUGAUCCAAGAGAUGCCCUCGCUCACCCCGGCUAACGACGGGAUAGCCGACAUCCUGAAAUCGACGGCGUGCAGUGACCAGGUUGCACCUGUGCUUCAACGGGAGACGCCAACUGGCUCUCCUUGCUCGCAAGGAGCCAAACACGAAGAGGGAGAAACUGACUUAAUGAUGUCAAAAGAGCCUCUCGCUGCAGAACAUGCCAACAACUGGCAUUUAGAUUCUGCGUAUAAUUGUGAAGGGGCAGCGGCGUCUGGUUUAGAAGGAAACACGGCUCAUUUAACUGCCAGUGCUAUGCACAAAAUAACAUCUGGCGGUGUCCAUGAAAUGCUAAUAAUGCCAGAAAUGGCUGCAGAAAACGGUCGCGGGAAGCUGGAAAAUGUUACCACUGGACAGAGUGAUGCUUCCCCUCGCCAGCUAGUUCAGAGCGCCGCACCGCAAACAGAGCAGCAAUCAGAGGCGUUAGCAAGCAAAGAUAACUCAGAGGACUCGGCUCAAAGAGACGGUGCAUUGAGCCUGAGCAGCGCUGCUUCUCUUUUAACCGGUACCUCAAAUAACAACAAAUCCCCAAACCCUUCCCUUCCAUUAUGCACUCAAAGUGACAGUCACUCAGCAUUACAGCUCCACCACCACACUACAUACUCCCCCUCACAUUGUACUUCCCAGAACCUGUACAUGGAGCCCAAACCUUUCUCUAGCAGCAUCUGGAAAAACUUAAAUUCCCAGAGUCCUGCAGUCCUCAUCCAGAGUCUGAACCCCGAACUCCCUUCUGACUUCACCCACGACCCCCUACCUUACACCAUGUGGACUGAACCUCAGUGCAAAGAGGUGACAGACCUGGAGGACCCAGAACAACACCUCCGAGAGUCAGAGAACCAGGAAGAGGAAGGUGGGCCUCUCACCUGGGCCCAGCUCGAGCCCACCUCGCUAGUAUCGGUUGGUGCUGUUGAGCCUCUGGGGCUUUGUGGAGAUUAUGAGCUCCACAGAGGGGAAGCGGACGGCUCCGAAGCCCUUUCUUUGUGCAGGGAACUGGGGAGACAAAGGGAGGCCGAGGAGUGUCUAAACUCAGACGCUGCUGUAUCGCCUCUCGCGCUGGGAGGUGGUGAACAGGAUGGGGUGUCUGAUAUGGAAGAAGGGGGAUCUGAUGGCGAGGAGGAGGCGGAGCAGCAAAGCAGUGCCAAGGCAGAGAGCAGCAGUGACUCAUCCGAUGAAGAGGAAGAGGAGGAAAAUGAUACCAGUAACUACGAGUGUUAUGAAUCAGGCCUGGAACCUGGAGAGGUUUGUGCUUACCCUGCGCUGUCAGCGAAGAGGACCACUAAGAGCUGGCGUCACCCACUCAGGAAACCCACUGCAAGGGCUGUACCCACUGCAGUCAAACAGCAGGCUGCCAGCGACGACGAGCCCCCUGAUGCAAACCUGGCGGAGGAGGAGGAGGAGCAGGAAAUGGAGGCGUGGGCGAAGCCGCUCGUCCACCUGUGGCAGAACAGGAAGAGCUGCUUCACGGCGGAGAGGGAGUACAACGCUCACGCCGCCACCUCGCAGCCGUACUGCGCCGUGUGCACGCUCUUCAUGCCGUAUUAUCAGCAUGAAGACAAAGCAGAGGACAACACACCCAUCGACGCUAAGGACACCUUCAAAUCGUCUCCAAUGGAGGGUCCCACGCCUCCCUGCGGCGGUCUGAGGAGGACCAAGCCUCUGGUCCCGGAGAUCUGCUUCUCCUUCAGGGAGCAGAACUGCCCUCCGACUCCCACCAACCCCCUGCUGCAGGAGGACGGCACCUCCCCUCUGCUGUACUGCCAGGGCUGCUGCCUGCAAGUCCACGCAAGUUGCUACGGCGUCGCCGCGAACGACGUCAGCGAGCAGUGGUCGUGUGAUCGCUGCACGGAAGGAAGCUUUACGGCAGAAUGCUGUCUUUGUAACCUCAGAGGUGGAGCACUGAAGAAAACCCAAAACGACAAAUGGGCCCAUGUGAUGUGCGCAGUAGCACUGCCAGAGGCAAGGUUCAGCGAUGAAGCCAAGAGGAGUCCCAUUGACACCAGUAGGAUACCCAUGCAGCGAUAUAAACUGCGGUGUAUCUAUUGUCGCAAGCGCUGCGCGGGGAAGCGGCAGGCGGGCGCUUGUAUCCAGUGCUCCUGUGGCCGCUGUCCCACCUCCUUUCAUGUGACGUGUGCCCAUGCCGCGGGUGUAAUCAUGGAGCCUGAUGAUUGGCCAUAUGUCGUGUCAAUCACCUGCCAUAGACACCAGUCACGGAGUUCGUCAGCUAAGCAGCGAGCGUGCCAAGCGUCCAUUGCACUGGGCCAGACGGUGAUCUCCAAACACAAGAACCUGCGCUACUACAGCUCAAAGGUCACGCAGAUCACCUCCCAGAUGUUCUACGAGGUCAUGUUUGAUGACGGCUCCUUCUCCAACGAUACCUACCCCGAGGAUAUAGUGAGCAGAGAUUGUGUGAACUUGGGUCCUCCUGAAGUUGGGGAAGCUGUUCAAGUGAAAUGGCCUGAUGGGCUGUUCUACGGUGCUAAAUACCUCGGAUCCAACGUCUCAUACAUGUACCAGGUGGAGUUUGAAGACGGCUCUCAGGUGCUGGCAAAAAGAGAAGACGUCUAUACUUUAGAUGAAGACCUGCCUAAAAAGGUGAAACGUAGACUUUCCACGGCCUCGAGCAUGCGUUUCCAGGACGCCUUCUUCACCACGCAGGGGGAGAGGAAACGGCAGAGAACACCCAAUUCACGCUUCCAGAAAGACUAUGUGGCCCUGCCAGGCCUCCGUACAACUGCCAAAAGCACAUGGGAGCAUCGCAGCCACAAAGGGAAAUGAAGUCAUGGGAGAAGGAUCAUUGACAAACGGAUGCACUGAAUUAACAGUGGGCGUAGAGGGGAGGUUGUUUGUGCGACUGUGUGUGUGUGUGUGAGUGAGUACUUCCAUCUUAACCAUUGCCCACUCACCUUCCCCUGUGAACAGAUCAGAGGAAAUGAUUUAAGGGAGUGGGUGAUUCGGGGUUGGAUGGAUGUUGACUGGCGUGUGCUUGUUCAUUAUAUACAUCAGCAAUUGGUGAUUGGCUGUUGCGACAGGCUGGAGAAGAUUUGAUUGGACAGCUGGACUUCUGGAUAGAAAGGCUUAACGGAGGGCAUUGCUGCCUCGGUUGCCUCGUGCUUUCACAUCUGUCAGGGAAAACAAACGUGACUUACAUUUGUCACAUCACCCUUUUUGAAAUAAACAAACUUUUUUUCUUUGUACAUGAAAAAUUCACAGGUGAGAUUUUUUCUAAAUAGCUUACCUACGGUAGCUUUUGUUCGUUUGGGGUGGGGGGGUCUGUUAUUUCCAGUUUUGAUUUGAAUAUUUAUGCACUUUUGCUUGUAGUAUUUUCCUCAUGUCUUACUGUUUCUCCCCGCAUGUUAAACAUCGUCUCCUAACUGCUUCUGCUGGGCCGAGUCCAAUUACACUUCAAUGGCUUCCUCUCUGCAUUAAUUUAAUCCAUACGGACAAAAAUAUAUGAAGGGUGUAAUUUCAGAGUGAAAAUGAAUCUCUGCUGAAUUAAAAAGAAAAGAAGAAUUGACCACACGUUAAUCUCAUCCUUUUGUGAAAGAUUCAGACAGGAAGCCUUUGUGUCUCGGACUCGGAGCCCAAUUAACGUGAAAUGCUACUGUUGCUCUGUUGAAUGAAACACAUUGUUGAAAUUAUUUAAAAUUUGUAUUUAUUUUUUGGCUUGCUAUAGUUAAACUAUUGCUAACUGCUGUAAGGAAAACAAUAAAAAAUUACAUAUGUUUUUUUUAUUA